AUGAUCACCCAGGCCGCCGUCAGGGCCGGCUUCGGCGCCGGCGUCCUCGAGGACGACCCGGGCACCAAGAACGUCAAGCUGUACCUCGUGCUGACCGUGGGCAACGCCGCCGUCGCCGCCGGGGGCCAGGGCGACAUCACCGGCGUGGUGGCGGGCCCCGACGACGUGGAUAUCCUCGACGCGAGGCGCGGGGUCAGGACGGCCGGCGGCGCAGGGCCCUUGAAGAAGGGCAGCAGGGCGUGGAUCGUCAAGAAGAAGGAGCAGCUGGAGCGCAAGGGCAAGGUUGUCAAGGCUUCCUCCAAGUACACUGGUCGCAAGCGCCGUCCGGCCUUUUAG